GUAUGCAAACGUUGGAGAAAUUUUGCUAGUGAUCCCAUCAUAUGGAAAAGAAAAUGCCUCGAAUUAGCCUAUCAUGACAUUAAUCCGAUAAAAUCACCUUCCAAUCCUGUCUUAUGGUAUUCUUUAUAUCGUAAACUUUUUAAACGCGAAAACAAUUGGGAAAGUGGACGUGUUCAAACUGUUGAUUAUCUAAAAGGACAUUCUAGCCGAAUUUUUUUUGUAGCAAUUAAGGAUGGAAUGGCUGUCAGUCUCGCUUGGGAUAGAACUAUGCGAUUUUGGGAUGUUGAGCGGGGUCUCUGCUUAUCUGCUAUAUUAUUAAACCAUAUGGCAGAAGAAGUAGAUUUUUUGCCAAAGAAAUGGGUAGUUGCUGUAUCCUUUCGGAUGGAGUUUGUUCACGUGUAUAAUCUUCGUGAAGGAAAUUCCAAAGUGGUGCUCGCAAGUCCUAAACGAGUUCCACUUAAUUGUGUGAAUAUAGGAGAAGAAAUCUUAAUUUCUGGUUCGGACGAUGGGAUAAUUAACGUUUGGGACUGGCGUUCUACCAAAUUGGAAUGGAUUCUAUGUGCCACCCAAGACUUUAUUUAUCUUUUAAAGUGGCAAUUUGUACCGGAUACAUUGGAGAUAGAUGUAACAAAACCACCUACUUUCAAUUGGAAAAUGGAUGCACCUGCUGUAGUUCCAUGGUGCGGAUGCCUUGCUGGUAAAGGUCGUUCUGUUUUAAGCAAUUGUUCAUCAACUGGGCCUAUCUGCGUUGUGAAACCUGGUGGUAACGUCAAAUUUUUAACUGAACCUGGUCAAGGUGUCGAUUCUCUUAAGGGUUUUAAAUUGUUAACUUUGACUGAACAACCUACCUUUAUGGAUGUUGACGAUCGUUUUUUAUUGAUCGGAACAAAACAAGGAAAAUUGAUUCGUUGUGGAUUUGAUGAUACACAAUUACCUCUUGUAGAAUAA